CACAGGUCAGAUUUCUGAAUGCACGGACGCUAGGUAGACAGGACUUUUACCGUUUAGUGGCUAAUUCUUUGGUUUGUUAAAAUUUGUUUAUCGCAUUUACCGGAACGUGAUGAAAAGCUGCGGUUUAUUUGAAUAGAUUGUAAUUUUAUUUAUGAAAACCAGCGUGAUGUCACAGGAAGAGCUUUUUGUGGACUCAGCCCGGGCGGGUCAGUGUCAGAGCGAUGCCAAGGGAGGCAGGAGCAGGAGUCGGCUGGGUCUCAUCGUCACGGGGGCGGUGGGAGGGUCGCUAGUUGCCCUGUACGCAGUGGCAGCCCCGUUUGUUGCGCCUGCCCUCAGAAAAAUCUGCCUCCCGUUUGUCCCAGCGACCACAGCCCAGGUGGAGAAUGUCCUCAAGGUGCUACGGGCCAGAUCAGGGACCCUGGUGGACAUUGGGAGUGGAGAUGGAAGGAUAGUGAUAGCAGCAGCCAAGCAUGGGUUUCAGGCCUCAGGCUUUGAGCUGAACCCCUGGCUGGUGUGGUAUUCUCGCUACAGGGCCUGGAGGGAGGGAGUCCGCUCCUCCACCUCCUUCCACAUCUCUGACUUGUGGAAGGUCAGUUUUGCUCAGUACUCCAAUGUUGUCAUUUUCGGAGUCCCUCAGAUGAUGGACCAGCUGGAACUGAAGCUGGCAAGGGAGCUGCCGAGUACAGCCAAGGUGGUGGCCUGCCGCUUCCCCUUCCCUACCUGGGUCCCGGAACAUACUGCUGGGGAGGGGAUAGACACUGUGUGGGUCUAUGAUGCCAAUACAUUCAAAUCACAACCACAACAAGGAAUGACAAAAAAGACAAUACCAGAACAAGAGAACACGUCAGAUUUACACACAUAAGGGCAAACACUCAGAUUGUGUUGAUAAGUUGUCAUGGCACAUUGUGAUGGUUUGAGGAAUUGUGUGUCAUGUUUAAUGCUCAACAUUUGACCAGAGAUCAAAGAGAAUGCAAAUGGUGAUGACUUGAGAAAGUUCCUGACUGGUUAAAGUGGUUCUGGCCAUCAGUGAUUGCACUGCAUAACUUGAUUAUGUCAAGGAAGCUGCAUUGUUCAUACUGUGUAUGAAAUCGUUUAAUCUUUUCUAGACAGACGAAGGUAUCAUCAAGAGGCUGGUAAAUGUAACAAGCCUGUCUGACGGAAGAUUGUGGUACCACACAGUAAACUCCUGCUCUGUGCCCUAUUU